AUGAAAAGGGGGCCAUGUUUCUUCCCGAACCUCGAAAGCGUUCCUUUCCGCAAAUUCUCAGAAUCUUUUCGUUAUGGACAUCUUUGUUUCAAAGCCAAAAGACUCCAUAUAGUUUUGGCAAUAGGGCUGCCCCCCGGCGCCCGCUCCACCACGAACGGGGUGCCGGAUGGCGCUGGAAUAAUUCCAACCCCGUUUACUGACGCAUUGAAAUGCGGAAGCGCCUGCCGUAGGAGAGUCUACCAUUUUGGGGGGCAUAUUUCGGGAGAUUUUGUGGGCGCUGCCGCUUCGCGGAACCUGGCGGCUUGGGUUGGUAUUCCUGCCCAAAUACCCGAGGAAUUUCUCUUUUUUAUUUGA